CGCCUGCGCAAGGUUAGGCUCUCAGCCCCCUUCGCUCCCCCGCGACGAACCGCCGCCGCGCCCACGUGGGGGGAGGGAGGCGUGCCGUCACGUGACUCCGGGGAGCGGCGACUGAAGCCGGGAGUAGAGCGGGUGUGGGGCGUGAAGCUUCCAUCGAAGUUUCCAGGCUCCUGCCUCGCGUCUGGAGGCCGCAGGUGGCGCGGGCGGGCCCCAGCGCUCGCGCCCCACUCAGGGCUGGGGAUGCUCCAGCUGCUGUCCAGAGCCCUGGCCUACUUCUGGCGACGGGCAGACGGGGAGGGACUCGGAGAGAAGCGGCCGGCGGCCACAGAUGAUAAAGAGUUAAAAACCGUACAAGGAGUAGUGACAAGAUUUUGCCAUGAUUAUGGGAUGAUUGAUGACUUGAUUUGCUUCACAAGUGAUGCUGUGAUGAGUGGUGUGCCACUGAACGUUGGCCAGAAAGUCAUCGCUAUUGUUGAAGAGGAUAAAACAUCUAAUGGAUUGAAGGCGAUCAGGGUAGAAGCUGUCUCAGACAAAUGGGAAAACUAUAGCAGUCCUACUUACGACUCUUCUGAAUUAAAAACUAAAAUGUUAACUGGCAAUAUUACAUCUCUUACUGAAGAUGGUGGCUAUAUUAAUAGGACAACUUCUUUCUCCAUGGAUCGGGUUUGUGAAGGCUUCGAACCUUGUAAAGGUGACUGGGUGCAAGCUGAAUAUUUUAUUAACCCAACAACAUGGAGCAGUGAAGCAGUUUCUGUAAAGCCACUGAGAUAUAAGCGAGUGGACAAAGUUCGUAUUUCCAGUGUUUGUGGAAGAAUUGGCGUAGUAGAUGACAGUAUAUUUUUCAUUCUGGAUUCUCUGAGACUUCCUGAUGGUUAUUCACCUCAUAGACAUGACCUGGUCAAUGUGGUGGUUGUGGAGAGUAACCAGUCAUGUUACAUUUGGAGAGCACUCUGCAUGGCUCCCUCAGACAAGAAUGGACUAUCUGCCACUAGUGAAAUGAACUUGGAUGAGUCAUAUGAAAAUUUAAUGAGAGACAAAGGAGGACUGGAGGUGUCAAGAAUGACUAACUUUGGAACGCUUAAGCUAGGGGAGAGUAAAAACAUGGUCAUUUGGAUAGAGAAUAAGGGAAAUGUACCACAUUCCUUAAUCAGCUGCAGACUAGCUGGCUGGGAAAAAGAGAAGCAGUUUAGCUUUCAGUUGCCUGAAAAAGGCCAGAAGACUCCAACAGCAUUUUUGUCACCAUCUGUUCCUGUGAAACAAGAGAAUUUGUCAAAAGGGAGCAUCAAUUCACUCAAUAACAGUAGAGAACCUAUGUGCCAGCCAUUGAAUAACGCAUUUGUUAUGAAUAAUGGAACCCUACCGGAAGGAAUUAAUCCUAAGGAUCCAGAUUUAGCAAAAGAGAAUGAAGAUCUUGGUAACAGAGAAGAUGAAAAUCUGUACAGUGGAGAAAAUGGACAAAAUGUGGAAGAACAGCCAACAGUUGAGACAGAAGCUAGUGGGGAAAUCUUUAUACCGCCUAAUGGAAAGACUUCCAUUGUGAUCAUAUGCACCGCAGUAAACCCUGGCCGCUGCAAAGAACUUCUGUUGCUUUGUUUUUCUGAUUUUAUUAUUGGACGUUACAUUGAAGUAACUGUAAUAAAUGAAGAGGAAUCUCUAAUAGCAGCCACUGAACCAUUCUCAGUAAGAAAGUAUAAAGUUAUUCCAGAGUUACAGCACAUGAAGACCACAGUGCCUGUAACAGAACACAAAAGAAGUUGUAGAAGACAUCUUCCAAGUUUCCUACCACACUAUCCCAUACCAGAUAAAUUAAGAAAAUGUGUGGAGCAGAAAUUGGACAUACUGAGUUUUCAACCUCUCCUUGCAGAGCGACUGAAUCUGUCUAACUAUAAAGCAAACCUUUCUACCCUGCUCUGGCUUGAGGAGAUCCAUGCUGAAAUGGAGAUCAAAGAAUUUAGCAUGAGUGGAAUCAUUUUGAAAAAGAAUGGAAACUUCUUGGUGCUGGAAGUGCCAGGGUUGGCAGAGGGAAGACCUUCCUUAUAUGCAGGUGACAAAGUGAUACUAAAAAGUCAAGACUACUCUGAGCAUAUAAUAGAGUACAUUGCCUAUGUUACUGAGAUUCACAAUGAAGAUGCUACUCUGAGACUUAACCCAGAGUUUGAACAGGUUUACAACUCUGAACCCAUGGAUGUAGAAUUUGCAUUCAAUAGGACUACCAGCAGGCGAUGCCAGUUUGCAGUUGAACAAGGCAUCUAUCUGGGUGAAAAAGUGUUAUUUCCAGAUACUCUGGUUUUACAAUCCCCACAAGUUGUCAAGACUUGGAAUAAUAUGGGAUGUCAUACUGUUGCUGAUGAUCAUGAACAGUAUACCAAGAAGAAAGACAUGUGCUCUUUUCAGAAAAAGAAAAUGCAAAAUGAGCAAACAAAAUGCAUGGUGCCAAAGGAGAGAAACAUAGUGGCUGUGCCUCGAAUGGUGACUGUUGCUACACAGACAAGUAAACUGAUCAAUGGAAUCAUGACACCUGAACAGAGAGACUGUGAAUUUUUCAAUCCUGUGCUGAAUGAGCAUCAGAAAUUAGCAGUGAAGAGGAUACUUAGUGGUGAAUGCCGUCCAACUCCUUAUAUUCUCUUCGGACCACCGGGAACUGGAAAAACUGUAACAAUAAUAGAAGCUAUCUUACAGGUACAUUAUACUUUACCAGACAGUCGAAUUUUGGUCUGUGCACCAUCCAACAGUGCAACGGAUUUAGUUUGCUUACGACUGCAUGAUAGUAACCUCCUAAAACCAGGAGCUAUGGUCAGAGUUAAUGCUAGCUGCAGGUGUGAAGAGACAAUCAGUGAUACAGUAAAACUUUACUGCAAAGAUGGUGACGAUAUUUGGAAUGCAUCACGGUUCAGGAUAAUAAUUACCACAUGUAGCAGUGCAGGAAUGUUUUAUCAAAUAGGAGUAAGGCUUGGGCAUUUCACACAUGUAUUUGUGGAUGAAGCAGGACAGGCAAGUGAACCAGAAUGCUUGAUUCCACUUGGGUUGAUUUCAGAAGUUAAUGGACAGAUAGUGCUUGCUGGAGAUCCAAUGCAGUUAGGACCAGUAAUAAAAUCUACACUUGCAAUGGUUUAUGGAUUAAAUAUAUCCAUGCUGGAAAGACUAAUGUCACGAUCUCUGUAUCAGCGAAAUGAGGAUACUUUUGGUGUUUAUGGAUCGUACAAUCCUCUGUUGGUUACAAAGCUUUUGAAGAAUUACAGAUCACAUUCUACAUUGCUUGCGUUGCCAUCUAAACUGUUUUAUCAUAAAGAGCUGGAAGUUUGUGCAGACCCUUCAGUAGUAACUUCUUUGUUGGGUUGGGAAAAAUUACCGAGGAAGGGGUUUCCACUAAUUUUUCAUGGCAUGAGGGGCAGUGAAACACGUGAAGGACACAACCCCUCUUGGUUUAAUCCUACAGAAGCAGUUCAAGUAAUGCGUUAUUGUUGCCUUCUUGCAAAACACGUUAACAAUGCAGUGUCGGUGACUGAUAUUGGGGUGAUUACACCGUAUCGUAAACAGGUAGAAAAAAUUAGAUUUCUUCUGCGAAAUGUUGAUUUGAUGGAUAUUAAAGUUGGUUCUGUAGAGGAGUUUCAAGGGCAGGAGUACUUGGUGAUCAUCAUAUCGACAGUACGAUCAAAUGAGGGCUCAUUUGAUGAUGAUAGAUACUACUUGGGAUUCCUCUCUAAUGCAAAACGAUUUAAUGUGGCAAUUACCAGACCAAAGGCUUUGCUUAUUCUGGUGGGAAAUCCUCAUGUUCUUGUAAAAGAUCCCUGUUUCAGUGCUCUUUUGGAAUACAGCCUAGCAAAUGGAGUUUAUGUAGGUUGCGAUUUGCCUUCUGAAUUGAAAUCUCUGCAACAAUACGACUAGCUUCCAGUGCUUGGGGCAUGACCAGAAGACUUUUCCAUUUGAAAGUGAAUGUGUGAUAAGCAUUUGAUUCAAAACAGAAGCUCAGGACCUCUAGUUUCAGCAUUGUUUUCUAAAUAGUUUGUAUUCCUAAACUUAAGGGGAUUUUUUUAAUUUAACUACAAACAACUUUAAGUUCAAAAUUCUAUAUGUCAAGGUAAAAGUUGCGGUACUAACUUAAGUCUUAACUGUUGUACCAAAACAGUAUAAAUACCUAAAGUUUAUGCAUACUGUAAUGUACCAUUACCCUUUUGGCUUCUCAAAACAGAAGCUAAAAAGAACCAGGAACUAAUGUUGAAUUUGCCCCAUCUUCUGUUUAAUUUUGUAUCUGUAAUAUUCUAUGAUUUUGUAAUGUCUCUUAUUCAUUGCCCUGCAAAUCCUAAGAGUUCAUAUAGUAUCAGUUUCUGUUCAGACCCAGGCAAGUAUUUCAAUCCAGGCUUCUGACAAAGCUUUAUAGCAAAAGAAUAGUUUUUACAGUGUUUCGAGCAUUUCUGAUUCUUCUUCUUCUUCCCCUCUCUUUAGUCUCUGGCAUUUUUCUCUGGCGAAAGCUAUUGUUUCCAAAAGGCUUUUUUCCUUGCUCUCACCUGUUGUAACAAAUCUGUAGCUUCUGAGGGUGACUUAGCCUCUUUGGGCUGAACUGCCACAAAAACCUAUAAUAGAGCUACCAUAUUUAUGAAACUCAUAGCUUGUGCUGCACUUGGGCUUUGUCCAGGUUCUCAUAUUAGCAAGAGAAAGGAAGUGGUGACAAGGCAUUACAUUUUAGGUAACCUCUAACUUUUUUUUUUUAAAAUGCAGCCAAUAAUCCCAUGCAAGCAGAUAACCUAGAUGGUUUCUAGUGCGCUUUCACAGAAAGGAUCAGCUUAAUGAUUUGGGACUAGGAAAUUAGAAUUUAGUUUGGAAGAUGUCAUCUAAAGAUUACAAGGGUUACUUUUAUCUCUAAGUAAGACACUCUACAGUAAAGGUAGAAAAAUACUGCAGCAAUUACUCCAACAAACAAACUUUAUUUUUUUGUUUUGGAAAAACAAUGUUCAGCAAAGCCAUCCCUAUGAGAAUGGCCUGCAUUAAGUAUUCUCUUUACAUGAAAAAUAUGAGAACAUACAUAUGGCUUAUUUUCCUGUAUAAGGGAGAUAAAGAGUGUUUAGAAAUUUACUGACUAAUGUUUAAAUAAUAAAGCAUAGUGUACAAAAAUAA